AUGUUCGCGGAGAUAAACCGGCGGACGCUCGCGUUCCGCGGCGGCGGCCUCGUCACCUCCGCGGCGGCCGCCUCGGCGGCGGGGGCCGAGGCCUGGGAGCGGCAGGACCCCGAGGCGCUGAACGGGCGCGGGGCGGACGAGGAGGCGGAGCUGGAGGGGCUGGAGGCCGAGGAGCUGGAGGCCACCGCCGCCGAGGAGAAGGAGCUGCUGCUGCCCCAAGACGCGGCGUCGCCCCCCGCCGCCGCCGGUCCCAUGUUCGCCGAGAGGAACCGCCGGACUCUGGCCUUCCGCGGCGGCGGGGGGCUUCUGGCCGCCCACCCCGCCGCCAACAAUGGCUGCGAGGCCGCGGCCUGGCCGCGGAAGCACUUCAAUGGGCGGGGGGCGGACGAGGAGAUGGAGCUGGAGGGCGCGGAGGGACUGGAGACCGAGGGGCUGCUGGAGGGCAAGGAGCUGGUCCAGGACGGGGGUUCGCUGAGUGACAGCAGCGACGACGAGGAGGACGGCGAAGGGGGCAGCCUGGGCGACGGCAGCGGCGCCGAGGGCGGCAGCUGCAGCAGCAGCCGGCGGUCGGGGGGCGACGGCGGGGACGAGGCGGAGGGCAGCGGCGAGGGGGAGAGCAUCCGGCACUUCCCGCUGGCCAGGCCCAAGUCCCUGCUGCAGAAGCUGCACAUCUCCUUCCAGGGCUCCUGGCUCAAGGAGUUCCCGUGGCUCUACUACUGCCAGGAGACCGGCCUCAUGUCGUGCGCCUGGUGCACCGCGGCCGUCGCCGCUGCUGCGCCCCCCGAGGUGAUCAUGUCCGGCGCGCCCCUGCCCGGGGGGCACGACGAGCUCUGCAAGGGCACCCGCAACUACAAGCGCACCCUGCUCCUGCGGCACCACCUCUCCGCCGAGCAUCGCCUCAACGAGCCCGGUAGCGCCGAGCAGGAGGCAGAGUUACCAUCAGAACUGAAUAAUGAAGGAUACUGUGAUUUUAACAGCAGGCCAAAUGAGAACUCUUACUGCUAUCAGCUCCUGCAAGAGCUCAACGAGCAGAGGAAGAAAGGCAUUCUUUGUGAUGUUAAUAUUGUGGUGAGUGGGAGGGUCUUCAGAGCUCACAAGAACAUCCUGGUUGCAGGCAGCCGCUUCUUUAAGACUCUCUAUUGCUUUACAAACAAGGAAAGCCGUAACCAAACCACUGUUACCUAUUUAGACGUUGUUGCUGUUCAAGGUUUUUCUGUCAUCUUGGACUUCUUGUAUUCUGGUAACCUCGUGCUUACGAGCCAAAACGCCAUUGAAGUGAUGUCGGUGGCCAGCUACCUUCAGAUGACGGAGGUUGUCCAGUCCUGCCGCAACUUCAUUAAAGAUGCCUUAAACAUAAGUAUAAAAUCAGAAGCUCCAGAGACUGUUGUAGUGGAUUACAACAGAAGAUCUGUUAGUAGGGAUGGUUUAUCUCCAAGGGAUCAAAAAGUUGCCAGCUUCUGGGCAACACGAAACCUCACCAACUUGGCAAGUAGCAUAAAAACUGAGAACGAUCCCUACCCUAUUGAUGAGGGCCAAAUGGAAAGCUACCAAAUGAAUGACUGCAGUUGGGUCCAGGACAGCUCACCUGAAAUGGCUGAAAAUGAAUCUCAAGGUGAGGGAAAAGUUUUUGUGUGGAAUGACAUGGGUGCACAGGGACAAUCAGUUCAAGAACCUGGAAAAGCAAGAAGGAAAAACCAAACUGCAAAGAGAUUUAUUUAUAAUGUACCACCUAAUACUGAAGAGAACUCUGAAGAUUGCUCAGUGUUGCAACCGUCAGUCCCAUAUCCAGAAGAAGAUUUGUCAUUUAUUAAAGAAGAAGCAGCUACUUCAAGUGACUUCAAGUAUGGACUGUUGCCGGGUACUUCAAAUGACUUCAAGUACGGAUUGCUGCCGGGUACUUCAAGUGACUUCAAGUAUGGGCUGCUACCGGGUACUUCAAGUGAUUUCAAGUAUGGAUUGCUGCCAGAAUCUUGGCCAAAAGAAGCUUGGGAAAAUGGUGAUUCCUCUGCUUUAAUCAUGAACAAGUUGAAGUGUCCACACUGUAAUUAUGUAGCCAAAUACAGAAGAACACUAAAGAGACACUUGCUCAUUCACACAGGAGUGAGAUCUUUCAGUUGUGACAUCUGUGGGAAGCUGUUUACACGAAGAGAGCAUGUAAAGAGACAUUCCUUGGUGCAUAAAAAGGAUAAAAAGUACAAGUGUAUGGUGUGCAAGAAGAUUUUCAUGCUUGCAGCCAGCGUUGGAAUAAGACAUGGCUCACGACGUUACGGAGUUUGUGUAGACUGUGCAGAUAAAUCUCAGCCUGGAGGGCAGGAGGGAGCAGACCAGGUGCAGGACACAGAUUUCCCUAGGGAUGAAGAAUACGAAGAGAAUGAAGUGGGAGAAGGCGAUGAGGAGCUGGGUGACGAUGUAGAAGAGCAGAAUGAGCAGUCUCGAUGGGAUGAAGGCGGGGAAGUCUGCAUGCCUUUAGAUGACUGACAGAGCACGAGACUUCAGGGCGCUGCAGAUGGACACUGUACGGAUUGACUGCUUGAAUUCUUGAAUACUGAAGGCUUGCGAAAUAUGGUACAGGCUGGAUGGUAGUUAUGUUGCUGUGAAAAUGUAGGGUCAAAGCCUUAUAGCAAAAAAAGGAUUAUUAAUUUUUUUAUGAUAUUUGCACAGGACUGUACAGCAUACAACCGUUUGGUUGAAUUAUACAGAGUCCUCACAUCUACAGUCAGUUAUCAAAAGAAAAAUGUAUUUUUUAUUAUUUAUAGGCUAUAGCUACUUGGGUCCUAUUCAGACAUAGUAGUAACUGUAAUUAUGUUACACAUUCAUGUACCUGUUAACAUGAAUGAAGAAAAUUUGCAAUUUGGUAUGGAAAUACAAAGACAGCUUUCCCAAAUCCACUCGUACUUUUGUCAGCGAGUCAGUGAAGCUAAUUUGGGCUGGUGGCUCGUUUUCCACAAGCAUGUCUUUGCCAUACAAACCUUACCUCUCCUGUAAUCUGAUAGGUGAAA